AUGUCUCUUACCCCAAACUCCAUCUAUAUCGCUCUCUACAUCCGAACCGACCCGCCAAUCCCAGACAACUUCCACUGGGCCCUUUACCUUCAUUAUCACGAUACAGGAACAAAAUACCAUAUCACAAACGAAAGCACCGGCUGGAUCGCUGCGCAUGCCCCGGAAUCAACCAUCUUGAAAUCCUUUCUCUUGGUCGGCCUUAUCCGCAUCGCAGAUUUUCCGUCUUCUCAGUCUGUCUUGAACGAAGCAGACCGGCUGAUACGCAGCUACGAUGGUCAGGUCAAUGAGAUGGGGGUUACAUGUCGGACAUGGUUGUUGAGGGUGCUGGAGUUGCUGAAGGAGAGGAAGUUGCUUUGUUGGGGUAAGGACAUGGAUUUGGGAGGUCUGGAGAGGGAGGUGAUGGAUUGGGGGAAUGAGGAGGCGGGGGAUGCUGUAAGGAAUGUACAGCCUAGGCCUGUUGGAGUGUCGAAGAUCUGCACGAAAGAGAUGCUGAGUCUUCCUCCCCUCUACGGAUAA